AUGUCUGCCGUUACUAAUAACCCUGAUGGCUCUUCGCUUUCUAACAAGGAAGAGUACGUUGUCUCCGUUAGUUCACACAAACAAAAAGAAGCGUCUUCCUCAGGCUUUGCUAGAUGGUUCCAAUGGUUCGAGCCAGGGACUUCUCCUAAAGAAAAAAAGUUGAUCUUGAAGCUUCAAUUCUUCAUUCUUAGUUACAGUAUGCUUGCCUAUUUUCUCAAAUAUCUAGAUCAGACCAAUAUUUCCAACGCAUAUGUGUCGGGAAUGAAGGAGGAUUUGAAUCUUAAUGGUAAUCAGCUCUCUUGGUUCAAUACUUUCUUCAACAUUGGUACCAUUGUCGGUAGUAUUCCGGCAGUUUUUUUAGCCAAUUACUUCCGUCCUCGUUAUUUCUUACCAAUAAUGGAUUUACUUUGGGCAUUGACUGUGCUUUUCGUUUACAAAUGUUCCACAGCUAACCAGAUAUACGUUUGCCGUUUCUUUUUGGGUUUGUUUGAGUCAGCCACUAACCCAUUUGGCCAUGUGAUGUUGGGAAGUUGGUUCAAGAGUAAUGAGGUGCUCAGAUUGGGCAAUUUGUACAUUAUUGCUGGUAUUAUUGGUCAGGCUACUUCUUCUUACAUUCAGUCUGGGUUGCAGAGUUCGAUGGAAGGUCGUCUAGGUUUGCAUGCUUACCAGUGGAUGUUUAUCUUUGAAGCAUGCUUAUCCGUACCAAUCAUCAUCUACGGUCUCUUUGUGAUUCCCGAUUAUCCUUACAAUACUCAAGCUUUCUACUUGAAUGAAUGGGAGCGUAAGAGGGCCAAAGAGCGUCUUGAAGAAGAUGGCCGUGUUACCAAGAAAAUCAGUUACAAUUUGGAUACUCUCAAAGAAAUUACCUUUUCUUGGCAACCUUAUGUAUUCUCCAUUGGAUAUUGUUUGUGGACUUUGACUGCUGCUUCUUAUAUGCUUCAAUUUUUUGAAGUCUAUUUGAAAUCUUUAAAGAAGUACAGUAUUUCAUACAUUAAUAAUUUUCCUACUAUCAUCUCCGGAGUGAAUUUAGUAACAAUGUUGAGUUCAGGCUAUAUUGCUGAUAAAAUGAAUCGCCGUUGGCCUGUGCUAAUGGUUGUCGGAUGCCUUCUAACCGUCUCUAUGGCGAUUCUUCUAAAAUCUCAUGAUGAAGGUGUUAGAAAGUUUGGGUACUGCUUGACUGGUGUUUACGGUUGCUAUACUCCAAUGCUUGCUGGUUGGUGUAAUAUUUCCUGCAAGAAGAGUUUGGUGUUGAGAUCCUUCACAAUUCCUGCUAUGAUUGUGAUUGGAACAAUUGUUGUCACUCCAUAUCAACAGCAUGUGUUCCCAUCCAGUGAUGCUCCUUACUAUGAAAAAACACAGGGUAUGAGAUAUGCCAUUGCAUUUACUGUCUGUUUGCUACUUUGGACAAGUAUUGCUAUCCCAUUAUGUGAUUAUUAUUGGGGUAAUAAAGAUGAUGCUAAGGUCAAAAAAGACCCUGAGUAUCAAUUAUAG